CUCUGAUGAAUACAAUCCAGUUUGAGUUCUUACAACCCAGCCCGCCCGUAAUCCUUGAUGAAGAUACAGCACAUAUGAUGAAUUCUCUCUACCAGAAUCUUGAUUCCUUGCUCACCUUUCUCGAGGAAUUAGUGAAGAAGAAACCAGAGAUAGAUGAGGCUGCAGCAAUCAAAGAUUUGGAAGCCAAAAUCAGAGACUUUGCCUUCUUAGCAGAAGAUGAAGUUGAAUCAAAUCUGGCAAAGAUAUAUAUGGAGGCGGCAGAUAAAAACAUGACACUCUUUCAGAACCUACAACAAGUAGGUGAAGAUACAGAGAUGACACUCUUUCAGAACCUACGACAAGUAGCUGAAAAAACUCAAAACUUCGUCAACACAAUUAAAAGCCAAUACAAUGAUUCUGCCGUCCAAAAUUUGCCAAAGGUACAUACCCCUCCGUUAGAUAUUGGUUUAGACCACAAGAGCGGAUCUUCACCGCGGUUCUCAAAGAUUAUUGAGGGCAAAAUGGUUGGGCGUACAAGUGAAUUAAAUACAAUAAUGGAUCAGCUCAUUUGUCAUCCAUCUGAAGAAAGGAAAGUCAUUUCCGUUUUCGGGAUGGGCGGGAUCGGUAAAACUACUUUAGCUAAAAGAAUUUACGAAGAUCCAUUACUGGUAUCCCACUUUGACCUUUGUGCAUGGACUACUGUCUCUCAAGAAGUUAACUUGAGACAAAUUCUCUGCAGCCUUCUUUGGUCCAUUGAGAGAGGAAUGAAUACUGAGGGAAGCACAGAUGAUCUAGCACACAAACUACGACAGCGUUUGAUGGGUCAGAGGUAUUUGAUUGUGGUGGAUGACGUAUGGGAAACCAGUGUUUGGGAUCUUCUCAUCAGAUGUUUUCCUGAAAGUUAUGGAAGUGCAAUAUUACUAACAUCUCGGCUAAAAGAGAUUGCAGACUACACUACAUCAGGUGCCAGCAAUCUUCAUAACUUGCAUUUUCUUGAUUCUAAUGAAAGUUGGGAUCUAUUUUGCAGUCACAGUUUCUUGAAACAACCCUUGAGCUCUAAAUUCAAGAGAACUCAAAGGAAUAUUGUUGACAAGUGUGGGGGGCUACCCCUGGCAAUUGUUGUAGCUGCUGGACUUGUAUCCCAAUUCAGCAAAUUUGAAGAAUUGGAAAAGAUUGAGAAGGAAAUGAGCUAUCUUGCUAGUACAAAUAUUGGUGAACAAUGUUCAAGAAUUCUUAUUGUAAGUUACAACCAUUUACCUCAGCAUUUGAAAGCUUGCUUUUUAUAUUUAGGAAUUUUCUCAGGCCAUAGUGAAAUUCCUGUUAAAAAGCUUGUUAGAUUAUGGAUUGCUGAGGGGUUUGUGAAGAAGUCAGUGAGGGAUAAGGAAUUGGAAGAAGUGGGUGUUGGGUAUUUACAAGAUAUUAUUAGUAGAAGCCUAGUCCAAAUUGAUAAGCUUAAAUGUGAUGGCCAAAUCAAGACAUGUAGGAUGCAUCAUCUCCUGCGGGUACUUUGUGUGAGACAAGCAAGAAACGAAAAACUUUUGUAUGUUGAAGACGAUGGUUUUGAUAUGUGCAACAGUAGUUUCAAAAAACCCCAUGGUACUUCUAGUUGGCUGCUAUGCUUUAGAACAUCAAAGCCUGAGCGUUUUGAUAUGUGCAGCAGAAGCUCCAAAAAAGCCUGCAGCGGUGCUUGUCGUUGGCUAAGUUUUAGAUCAUCAAAGCCUGAGAAUUUUGAUUUGUGCAACAGUAGUUUCAAUAAAGCCCGUUCUGUUUUGUGUUUGCAUAAUGAUGAGAUGCCAAUGGUGAAUGAUCCUAAGCUUGUAAGCUUCAGCUUGUUAAGAGUUCUGGAUUUGACUUCUCCUUUAUACAACAAGGGAGUGUAUAUGUCUUUUGAAAACCUUUCCAAUCUAGUUCUUCUUGAAUACCUAGCUUUUAUGUUCAAUAGGUCUUUGGGCUCCGAGGGUCUUGACAUUGUACUGUCUAAGAAUCAAAAACUGCACACACUUGUUGUUUGGCAUAGUGCAGCUGACUACUGGAGACGGAAUUAUUCCUUCUUGCCCUCCACAAUUUGGGGGUCACCACAACUAAGGCAUCUCGAGUUUAGAAAUUGCUUUAGAGUAGAGCCUCCAAGCAUAGUGAACGAGAACUUGCAAAGUUUGUAUUGGUUGAGCAUAUUUCAUUGCACAAAGGAAGUUAUUUCGAAGAUUCCCAACAUAAAAACACUGGGGAUUUUUCGUGAAGGUAGAUGGAUUCCAGACAAUGGUGUGCCGUGCAAUGGUGCUAGCAGCUUGGAAAAUCUAUGUCAAUUGAAUCUACUUGAGGCUUUAACUAUUGAAGCUGAGUAUGCCAUUCCUGAGCGUAUAUCUCUUCCGGGUAUAAAUGCAUUCCCAUGUAACCUUAGGAAGCUGAAAUUGAGCAAGACUUAUUUUCCAUGGAAGGAUAUAGCAACAAUUGCGUUGUUGCCUGGAUUAGAGGUGCUCAAACUAAAAAGGGAUGCUUUUUAUGGGCCUGAGUGGGAACCAACUGAAGGGGGAUUCCAAAGAUUAAAGUUUUUGUUGCUUGAAAAUACAGAUCUAAAGAUUUGGAAUGCCUUCGACAAUGAGUUUCCUAUCCUUGAGCACUUGGUCUUGAAGCAUUGUGAGAACUUGGAAGGGAUCCCAACUAUUUUCUCCAAUGUAACCACUCUCAAAUCAAUUGAUUUAGAAUGGUGUGGCCAAGCCCUUUCGAGUUGUGCCAAGAAUAUCCAACAAGAUCAGCUCGAUUAUGGGAAUAAUGAACUAAAAGUUCUAGGCCGUAAUCCUCAGACCACUCAUAAGCAACUCACAUUUUAUAAAGGUCGAGAGAUUAGGACGGUCACCGAAAGCUGUAGUACACUAGAGUUGUAUAUCCCUAGGCGGGUACCCAGAAAGUUAGUCCCCUAGGCGGUCAGGAGAUUGGGGUAUGGUCUCUUGUAUGGAUGGACUUCAAUUGCCCGGCCUGGCUGAGGUGGGCAACUCGUCGAUUAGCCCAGUUAAGUGACCACCGGAGGCAGUCGGAUAAGUCCUGACCGGGUGCCACACUCAGAGACGGUGAAUGAGGAUUUGGUAAAGAUUCUUCCCGGUUUUGGCGCGAGAGUUUCAUUUUUCAAUAUUAGGAAGUUUGCUUAGCAAUAUAGAAACUUCCUUUCUUUUUUCAAGGCCUAUAAUCUUGUAUAAAUACCCUGGGAUCACAUUGUA